GAUCCAACAGAAAAUACCCGCCCCGCCCCGCCAAAAAGGAAGAAUAAAUCGCCGCAAAACGACACCAACACCGUUUACUUUACGUUCAGACAACAAACUUGAGGUGGUAGAGCGAGCGACGAUCGAUCAUCGAGCACGACGAGAAGGGAUUAUUCGAAAAUGACAGACGCGUGUAUCCGAUCAGUUGUGGAAGCCAUACACGCGAGCCCCACGCAAGCCGUUCUCUACCUCGCCGGCGGCGCCUCUCAGUCUUUAGGCUAUUUAAUGUCGGUUCCAGGAGCUUCGAACACUGUGCUUGAAGCAGUUGUACCGUACUCCAGAAUGUCUAUAAUUCAGUUACUCGGCAAGAUUCCUUCGAGUUUUUGUAGUCAACAAACGGCGGGGAGCAUGGCUUUGCUGGCUUAUAAUCGAGCGCUUAAGCUCUCUAGUCCAGGUGUCCCAGUUCUUGGUGUUGGUUUUACUGGUGCUUUGGCCAGCACUCAUCCAAAACUAGGGGACCACAGAUUCCACUUGUCAAUGAGGACAUCUGACCGACUAUGGAUAUCUACAGUUACUCUGUCAAAGGGUUUGCGGACUCGAGAGGAAGAAGAUAAGGUCUCAAGUCAUUAUUUGAUUAGGGGGAUUGCAAAUGCAUGCAAAAUCCCAGCAACAUUUGUUUCUGGGUUGACUGAAUCUGAAAAAGUUACUGAAUUUGAGCAACAGUUCACAGAAGAAGAAGAAUUGGAACAACUCAUAAGUGGGGAGAUUUGCUUUAAGGUUUAUCCAUUUUCAAGUGGCUUGUCUAAUGAAGAGAGGAAAAUAAUACUAUCUGGUUCAUUUAAUCCAUUACAUGAUGGCCACCUCAAGCUUUUGGAAGUUGCAACUAGCAUUUGUGGCAAUGGUUAUCCAUGCUUUGAAAUAUCAGCAGUCAAUGCAGACAAACCUCCAUUGUCAGUAUCCCAAAUCAAAGAUCGUGUCAAGCAGUUUGAAAAUGUUGGAAAGACUCUAAUUGUUUCAAAUCAGCCUUAUUUUUAUAAGAAAGCUGAACUUUUUCCAGGCAGUGCUUUUGUAAUUGGUGCAGAUACGGUAGCACGGCUUAUUAAUCCUAAAUAUUAUUAUGGGGACUACCAGCAGAUGCUGGAGAUACUGAGCGGAUGCAAGAGUACAGGAUGCACUUUCCUUGUUGGUGGACGUAUUGUGGAUGGCGUUUUCAAGGUUCUUGAAGAUUUUGACAUACCAGAGACUUUAAAAGAUAUGUUUGUCUCAAUACCAAUAGAAAAAUUCCGUAUGGAUAUCUCCUCAACUGAAAUAAGGAAAAACCGAAUGUAAUUUCUUCUGUAACAAUUGUUUUUCAAACCAGUGUCGUGCAAAAACAAUGCCUGUGAGAAUAGCUGUCGUUGGAGAAGAAAUUACACUCUGCAGUUUUUCCUUGUAUUAGAGGACUUAUCUAUACGAAAUCUUCAAAGAAAAAGGUUUUUUUUUUAGUCCAAAAUCAAUUAAAUUGAGAAUUAGAGGUCUUUAUUAUUAGUACUCUUUUGAAAAUUUGAACAAAAUAAUAAGAAUGAUUUUUUUUUUUUGGAUAUAAACUAAAUGUUGAUCUUUAUUAUCAAUCCACUUCUUAAAAUAGAGUAUUCUUUCUUGCCAUUUCUCUUUUGGGUUUUAUUGUGUUUGGAUAGUCUCAGAUGUGAAGAAGUCGCUGCUUUUAUAGGUAAACUUUGGUGAGUCUGAGCAAAUGUGAAAAUUUCCAUUCUUUUCAAGAAACUCACAAAUCUGAUUCAAGUUGGCUUGGGCUUGGAUUGCUUUUCAGCUUGAACAAAUUGAGUUCGAGUUGAAAAAAUUUUAAUGUGAACUUCACCUAAUUUGAACCCUUAUAUCUGAUUAAUGUUGUUGUAUUAGAGUUUGUCUCGUUAAUAAUUAUUUAUUCUUCUUCUUUAUAAUGAUUCUGGUAGAUAUGAACGAUUCUUCUUCUCCUUUGGGACUCAGAUGAUUCUUUUCUCUUUUACUUUGAUGUAAUGUUCACUAAUUAAGCAGGGGAAGUUCGGUCCCAAGCUAGCUCUCA